GAGGUGGAUCAUCCAGGUGUGUGGUCACUGACUUUCUGUGUGAGCCCGGUGCUCUGCAGGAGGAGGAGGAGGAGGAGGAGGAGGAGGAGGCUCUGAGCUCCGUGCUGCUGCUGCCUCUGCUGUGGUGGAGCAUACCAACCAGAGAACCAGCCCCGGCACAUGCCCCAGGUCCCAGUUGCAUUCAGGUUCACAUCGGGGGUGGAUCUCACGGCCGGAGGACCAGGACCUGACCGCUGCUGCUGCUGCCGCUGCUUCGCUCUCUGCACCGGGUGCCACGUUGCUCUGGUAAACCCCAGGAAAGAUGUCUCAUCGGAGCGGGCAAGAGGACCCGGAGCGCUACCUGUUCGUGGACCGGGCUGUGGUCUAUAACCCGGCCACGCAGGCCGACUGGACGGCCAAGAAGCUGGUGUGGGUCCCCUCGGAGCGCCAUGGCUUCGAGGCGGCCGGCAUCCGAGAGGAGCGCGGCGAGGAGGUGCUGGUGGAGCUGGCUGAGAACGGCAAGAAGGUGGUGAUCAACAAGGACGACAUCCAGAAGAUGAACCCUCCCAAGUUCAGCAAGGUGGAGGACAUGGCGGAGCUCACCUGUCUGAACGAGGCGUCGGUGCUGCACAACCUGAAGGACCGCUACUACUCCGGACUCAUCUACACGUACUCUGGCCUCUUCUGCGUGGUCAUCAACCCGUACAAGAACCUGCCCAUCUACUCAGAGAACAUCAUCGAGAUGUACAGAGGGAAGAAGAGGCACGAGAUGCCUCCACACAUCUACGCCAUCUCUGAGGCAGCAUACCGCUGCAUGCUUCAAGAUCGUGAGGACCAAUCCAUCCUUUGCACAGGUGAAUCAGGUGCUGGCAAGACGGAGAACACGAAGAAGGUUAUCCAGUACCUGGCCCACGUGGCCUCCUCGCACAAAGGACGCAAAGACCACAACAUUCCUGGCGAGUUGGAACGCCAGCUCCUCCAAGCCAACCCCAUCCUCGAGUCCUUCGGCAACGCCAAGACGGUGAAGAACGACAACUCGUCUCGCUUCGGGAAGUUCAUCAGAGUCAACUUCGACGUCACCGGCUACAUUGUCGGGGCCAAUAUUGAAACUUACCUUCUGGAGAAGUCGAGAGCCAUCAGACAGGCCAAGGAUGAGAGGACCUUUCACAUCUUCUACCGCCUCCUGGCAGGAGCUGGCGAGCAUCUCCGCACGGACCUGCUCCUCGAGGGCUUCAACGAUUACCGUUUCCUGUCGAACGGUAACAUUCCCAUCCCCGGUCAGCAGGACAAGGACAACUUCCAGGAGACCAUGGACGCCAUGCACAUCAUGAGCUUCAACCAUGAGGAGAUUGUCUGUAUGUUGAAGGUGGUCUCUGCGGUGCUGCAGUUUGGAAACAUUAUCUUUAAAAAGGAGAGAAACACCGAUCAGGCCUCGAUGCCCGAGAACACAGCCGCACAGAAGCUCUGCCACCUGCUUGGAAUGAACAUCAUGGAGUUCACCAGAGCGAUCCUCACCCCGAGGAUCAAAGUGGGACGGGACUAUGUGCAGAAGGCUCAGACCAAGGAGCAGGCGGACUUUGCGAUUGAGGCGCUGGCCAAGGCCACGUACGAGCGGCUGUUCAAAUGGUUGGUUCACCGCAUCAACAAGGCCCUGGACAGGACCAAGCGCCAGGGGGCGUCCUUCAUUGGCAUCCUGGACAUCGCUGGCUUUGAGAUCUUUGAGCUGAACUCGUUCGAGCAGCUCUGCAUCAACUACACCAACGAGAAGCUGCAGCAGCUCUUCAACCACACCAUGUUCAUCCUGGAGCAGGAGGAGUACCAGAGGGAGGGCAUCGAGUGGAGCUUCAUCGACUUCGGCCUCGACCUGCAGCCCUGCAUCGACCUCAUCGAGAGGCCGAACAACCCCCCUGGUAUUCUGGCGCUGCUGGAUGAGGAGUGCUGGUUCCCCAAGGCCACGGACAAGACCUUCAUUGACAAGGUGCUGCAGGAGCAGGGAACACACACCAAGUUCCAGAGGCCGCGGCAGCUCAAGGACAAAGCGGACUUCUGCAUCCUGCACUAUGCAGGGAAGGUGGACUACAAGGCGGAUGAGUGGCUCAUGAAGAACAUGGAUCCUCUCAACGACAACGUGGCCACGCUGCUGCACCAGUCCACCGACAAGUUUGUGGCCGAGCUCUGGAAAGACGUUGACCGGAUCGUGGGUCUGGACCAGGUCGCCGGGAUGAACGAGACGGCGUUCGGUGCCGCGUACAAAACCAAGAAGGGCAUGUUCCGCACGGUGGGCCAGCUGUACAAGGAGCAGCUGUCCAAGCUCAUGGCCACGCUGAGGAACACCAACCCCAACUUUGUCCGCUGCAUCAUCCCCAACCACGAGAAGAGAGCUGGUAAACUGGACCCUCACCUGGUUCUGGACCAGCUGAGGUGUAACGGUGUGCUGGAGGGAAUCCGUAUCUGCAGACAGGGCUUCCCCAACCGCAUCGUCUUCCAGGAGUUUAGACAGAGGUAUGAGAUCCUCACUCCUAACGCCAUUCCCAAAGGCUUCAUGGAUGGAAAGCAGGCCUGCGAGAGAAUGAUCCGAGCUCUGGAGUUGGACAGCAACUUGUUCCGUAUCGGUCAGAGUAAAAUCUUCUUCCGGGCCGGAGUCCUGGCUCAUCUGGAGGAGGAGAGGGACCUGAAGAUCACCGACAUCAUCAUUUACUUCCAGGCGGUCUGCCGAGGAUAUCUGGCACGAAAGGCUUUUGCUAAAAAGCAGCAGCAGCUCAGCUGUUUGAAAGUUCUCCAGAGAAACUGCGCCGCCUAUUUAAAGCUGCGUCACUGGCAGUGGUGGAGGCUCUUCACCAAGGUGAAGCCUCUGCUGCAGGUGACCAGGCAGGAGGAGGAGAUGCAGGCUAAGGACGAGGAGCUGGUCAAAGUGAAGGAGAAGCAGACCAAGGUGGAGGGAGAGCUGGUGGAGAUGGAGAGGAAACACCAGCAGACCAUAGAGGAGAAGAACAUCCUGGCGGAGCAGCUGCAGGCGGAGACGGAGCUGUUUGCAGAGGCAGAGGAGAUGAGAGCUCGUCUGGCGUCCAAAAAGCAAGAGCUGGAGGAGAUCCUCCAUGACCUGGAGUCCAGGCUGGAGGAAGAGGAGGAGAGGACCCAGAGCAUGCAGAGCGAGAAGAAGAAGAUGCAGUCCCACAUUCAGGACCUGGAAGAACAGUUGGAUGAGGAGGAGGGCUCCAGACAGAAGCUGCAGCUGGAGAAAGUGACGGCUGAGGCCAAGAUGAAGAAAUACGAAGAAAGCAUUUUGCUUCUGGAGGACCAGAACUCCAAGUUUCAGAAGGAGAAGAAGUUGACGGAGGAUCGAAUCAAUGAGAUGACCUCACUGCUAGCUGAAGAGGAGGAGAAGGCCAAGAACCUGGGCAAGAUCAAGAACAAGCAGGAGAUGAUGAUGGUCGAUCUAGAGGAGAGGCUGAAGAAGGAGGAGAAGACCCGUCAGGAGCUGGAGAAGGCGAAGAGGAAGCUGGAUGGGGAGACGUCCGACUUCCAGGACCAGAUAGCCGAGCUUCAGGCUCAGACCGAGGAGCUGAAGGCACUACUGGGCAAGAAGGAGGACGAGCAGCAGUCGAUGCAGUCGAGGACUGAGGACGAGGUCAGCCACAAGAACAACGCCCUGAAGCAGCUGAGGGAGCAGCAGGCCCAGCUGGCCGAGCUGCAGGAGGACCUCGAGUCGGAGAAACUGGCGAGGAGCAAGGCGGAGAAACUCAAGAGGGACUUGAGUGAGGAGCUUGAGGCCCUGAAGACUGAGCUAGAAGACACCCUCGAUACCACAGCUGCCCAGCAGGAGCUCAGGACCAAACGUGAACAGGAAGUGGCCGAGCUGAAGAAGGCCAUUGACGAGGAGACCAAAAACCACGAGGCCCAGAUCCAGGAGAUGCGACAGAGGCACGGCUCGACUCUGGAAGAGCUGUCCGAGCAGCUGGAACAGGCCAAGAGGUUCAAGGCCAACCUGGAGAAGACCAAGCAGAGCCAGGAGAGCGCCAACAAGGAGCUGGUCAGCGAGGUCAAGGUCCUGCAGCAGGCGAAGACCGAGUCCGAACACAAGAGGAAGAAGCUGGAGGCUCAGCUGCAGGAGUUCAUGGCCAGAGCCACCGAGGGUGAGAGAGCCAAGGGAGAGUUGGCUGAGCGCUCACACAAGCUGCAGACGGAGUUAGACAACGUGUCGUCCAUGCUGGAGGACGCAGAGAGGAAGGGGAUCAAGAUGACCAAAGAAGUCUCUGGACUGGAGAGUCAGCUGCAGGACACACAGGAGCUGCUCCAGGAGGAGACCCGUCAGAAACUGAACCUCAGCACCCGUAUACGUCAGCUGGAGGAGGAGAAGAACGCUUUGCAGGAGCAGCAGGAGGAGGAUGAGGAGGCUCGCAAGAAUCUGGAGAAGCAGACGUUGCUGCUACAGGCUCAGCUUUCAGAGACUAAGAAGAAGCUGGAGGACGACGUGGGAACAAUAGAAGGCCUGGAGGAAUCUAAGAAGAAGCUGCAGAAGGACCUGGAGCUGUCCAGUCAGCGCCUGGAGGAAAAGACCAUCGCCUUCGAAAAGAUGGAGAAGACAAAGACGCGUCUGCAGCAGGAGCUGGAUGACCUCACUGUCGACCUGGAUCACCAGAGACAGAUCGUCUCCAGCUUGGAGAAGAAACAGAAGAAGUUUGACCAGUUGCUGGCUGAGGAGAAGAGCAUCUCAGCUCGCUUCGCUGAAGAACGUGACCGUGCUGAAGCCGAGGCCCGAGAGAAGGAGACCAAAGCGUUGUCCAUGACCAGAGCUUUGGACGAGGCCCUGGAGGCCAAGGAGGAGCUGGAGAGGGUCAACAAGCAGCUCCGUGCUGAGAUGGAGGAUCUGAUGAGCUCCAAGGACGAUGUGGGAAAGAAUGUCCACGAGCUGGAGAAGUCCAAGCGCACUCUGGAGCAGCAGCUGGAGGAGAUGAAGACUCAGCUGGAGGAGCUGGAGGACGAGCUGCAGGCCACGGAGGACGCCAAGCUGCGUCUGGAGGUCAACAUGCAGGCCAUGAAGGCCCAGUACGAGAGGGACCUCCAGGGCCGGGACGACCAGAACGAUGAGAAGAAGAGGGCGCUGGUCAAGCAGGUGCGGGAGAUGGAGGCGGAGCUGGAGGAUGAGAGGAAGCAGAGAGCUCUGGCUGUCGCUGCCAAGAAGAAGCUGGAGAUGGAUCUGAAGGAUAUCGAGGGUCACAUCGAAGGAGCCAACAAGGCUCGAGACGAGGCCAUCAAGCAGCUGCGCAAGCUACAGGCCCAGAUGAAGGACUACCAGAGGGAGCUGGAAGACGCCCGAGCUUCCAGAGACGAUAUCUUUGCUUUAUCCAAGGAAAACGAGAAGAAACUCAAAAGUCUGGAGGCUGAGAUUGUGCAGCUGCACGAGGAUCUGGCGGCGUCUGAGCGCGGCCGACGCCACGCGGAGCAGGAACGAGACGAGCUGCAGGAUGAGAUUUCAAACAGCACCUCCGGAAAGUCGGCUCUGAUGGACGAGAAGAGGAGGCUGGAGGCUCGAAUCGCUCAGCUGGAGGAGGAGCUGGAGGAGGAGCAGGGAAACAUGGAGCUGCUCAAUGACCGCUUCAGAAAGACAACCAUGCAGGUGGACACUCUGACCAUUGAGUUGAGCGCGGAGCGCAGCACAUCCCAGAAAAACGAGAACGCUCGCCAGCAGCUGGAGCGUCAGAACAAGGAUCUCCGGGCCAAGCUGGGCGAGCUGGAGGGUUCUGUGAAGAACCGGUUCAAGGCCUCCAUCACCGCCCUGGAGGCCAAGAUAUGCCAGCUGGAGGAGCAGCUGGAGCAGGAGGCCAAGGAGCGAGCAGCCGCCAACAAGAUCGUGAGGAGGACGGAGAAGAAGCUGAAGGAGAUCUGCAUGCAGGUGGAGGACGAGCGCCGCCAUGCCGACCAGUUCAAAGAACAAGUGGAGAAGGCUAACUCCCGGAUGAAGCAGCUGAAGCGUCAGCUGGAGGAGGCGGAGGAGGAGGCCACGAGGUCCAACGGCUCCCGCAGGAAGCUGCAGAGGGAGCUGGACGACGCCACGGAGGCCAGCGAGGGGCUGAGCCGUGAGGUCCAGACACUCAAGAACCGCCUCAGGCGCGUCGGCCCCAUCAGCUUCUCCUCCAGCCGCUCGGGCCGGCGCCAGCUGCAGGUGGAGGGCACCUCCUCGGACCUCGUGUCUGACGACGAGCUGGAGAACAAGAUGACCGACAACAACGCCAACGAGACUCCUGCCCCCCAGCCGGAGUAGAAGAGCCGAGGCCUCCGCUGUGGCUCUUCCAUUCACCCCCCCCCCCCGUCACCUCUCAGCUCCCACAGAAAUACCCAGAAACUCCCAGGCUUUAAUGAGGACCCCGCCCUUCAGCCGCUCCAGCACUUAAUGAGAGGCCCCUGCAGCCACCGCCUGGAGAGACGUGCUCUCUCCACACCGCACACAGCAUGAUCUCACCAAGAACCCCCCCCCCCCCUAUUCCUGACCCUACAAACCCUAAACCUUUGGCAGACACCAGCAGUUGGACCUCCAACGCUUCCCUUCUUUGCCUUACCCCCCCCCCCCCCCUUUUGAGGAGCCCUUAACCCUUCGAGCACACGUUAGAAGUGAUUGAUUCUGAUUCAGUGUCAGGAUGAUAAUUAUCCGAAUGUUAAUUUCCCGGGAUUGUGAUUAUUUGAAAGGAUAAAGGAGGUGGACGAAAGCAGACGACCUUCAGACUCUCUUCUUCCAUCGAUCCAACGCUGUUUGUGCAUCGUAUGAAUUUAGUUUUGUUAGUGGACCUGUAGCUGAAUAGUGUUUUUUCCUCAGUCCUCUGCCAGGAUUGUUGGCUUGCCUUUAGAGACGUGGCUGUGCGCCGCCUCGCUGCCUCAGUGCUACUCUGACCAGUGUGUGUUUCCUCUCAUGUUCGACAGCAGGUCAGUGUUGACUUGUAAUUAUUCAGUACGAGUGCUGCUCGCUCUCUUCUUCUGCUUCUGCUUCUCUUUCUGUGCCUUUUCACUCACUUGAAGCUCAUUAACGCCACGUAUACCGUUCAUAUAUUGAACCGUGCGUCAUAUCGUGAAAGUAUUUUCAUAACAGAUUCAUACAUUUUGCAUAUGAAACGAAAUAUUUGCGGGAAACCUUUUUGAUUUUUCUUUGAUUUCUCUCGUUGCGUCCUUCAGCUUUGACUGUGUGUUUCAGUGAUGAUUGACAUGUGGAACCGUCGGGGAUCCUUUGUAGAUGGGUGCUACGACUUUUCUUAUUAAUAACUUUUAUACUUGUUGAGUUAUCAAGAUUUAAAAACAAACCCAUAGCUGUAUUUAUAUCUCUGCUAUUGUAUACAGUGCAAACUCCAUUCAUAUUUCAAAAUGCUCAGUAUUGCACAACGAUCGACUGAACCUGUGCUCAGUGUCAUGACGUGUACAGUUCCUGAGAUGUUAGAGCGACAUAAUGCAUUAAAGUCUAUGGAGCCAAUUCA